GUUCUUUGCAAAGCAGCUGUCCAUGCUGGUGUGAUCUUGGACGAACUGGGAGGACCAAUCGUAAUAUCGCAAGAGAAGGGGGUCACUCUGUACAAAUCCAGUGUUGCCAAUGGACUGCAUUCGAAAAGGGGAUCCUUAUCAGAAAAACGCCUUAUCUUUCACAAAGACUGUGCCAGGGCUUUGGAAGUUGCCAGCUUCAAUGCUUCCUCCUGCUGGCAUGAACAGAAUAUUCUGGGGGACCAUCAUGCUUGGGCUGCUGAGCAAGCAGCAUUGACUACUGAUGGUUCUUCUUGGGCAGCAGAUCACAGCUCUGCAAAUGAGUGGCUAGAAAUAGAUUUGGGUGGAAAGAGGAACAUCACAGGAAUUGUCACCAAGGGGUCUUCCCCUAAAUACAACUACUACGUCAAAUCCUACCAGGUUCAGUUCAGCAGAGAUGGCAAGAACUGGAAGAUCUACAAAUCCAGCAGCACCAAAGAGGAAAAGAUCUUCGAAGGCAACAGUGACAACUACCAGGAAGUCUCCAACGCCUUUAUCCCACCCAUCCUGGCCCGUUACCUUCGUGUGGUACCCCAGAGCUGGAACCAGAGAGCCGCUCUGAAGGUAGAGGUGCUGGGAUGCCAAGCCCUUCGCCAGAAAUACAUGGAGACAGAAGGCCAGGAUAACCCAAAAGUGUUCCUUGGUGUGACCAGCACCCCAAUCGCUUUCACAACGAUCCCAGGAAUAGUGAUCAAUCCAGAUAAAACAGGUCCUCCAUUACUGGCCAUGCUCCUAGCUGGAGGUUCACUCUUGAUUGCUGGAACUGUCUUCCUGAUGGUCUUUCUCUGUUAUAAGAAGAGGAAGGCACCAACCCAGAACGAUGGAAGCUUUAUAAAAGGUUACCUGAUAGCAGAAGCCAGCCAGGUGUGUUCCAGGGGGAACCUGCAACUGUCUGCCUCUGAAAUUGCCUCCUUUCCUGGGCCAGCAACGCCGGUAGAUCUUAUAGGCGCUCAGUCACCAGAAUAUGCUGAGCCAGACCUGGUCCAAAUCAGCCCUGGCUGCCAGGCGGCCCCAUCCACCUUCAAGCCAGCCAUGGAUGAAGGUUACACGCUCCCUCUGGUGGUGAAUCCUUACGAUGUUCCUGGCAAGCAGCAUGAGUACACAGAGCCUUUGCCCCUGGAACCGGAGUACGCGACCCCAUUUGUGGAGCAGCCGACAGAAGUGGGAAGAGGCCCCUGCAGGACGAACCUCGGUGUCCAAAUGCUCCCUUUCUCCGAAAGUCUGGGGGGCUGCCUAGCUCCACCGGGGCCCCCAAAAAUCUUCUCUGCAGUAUGACUUCCCAAGUCAGUGUGCAGCAGAGGACGCCGGAGAGCCAAGCAAGUGACAUGAGCCAGCAGGAAAGGUCUGUCCGAACUGACCUUGGCUGCCUGCCUCCUCCGCCUCCUCCUCCUCCUCUUCCAAGCGAAUGGACUCCGAAGCACGGAGAUAAAGCCCGUAGAGCCUCAUUCCAGGGCCGCCAUUUCCAACAGAGAAAUCCUCCCUAUGAACACGUCUACCACAAGCCCUUGUGAGUCCGGCAGGAAGGAAACCUUCCCACCAGGCUGCUGUGAGAAAGGAGGUCCCCUCUUGGAGGAUCCAAAGCUGUAUAAGCAUGAUCUAUCACGUUAGCCCGGGGAAGCAGCCCGGGUUCGAAUCCCAGAAGGGUACAGCUAGCUGACAAGAGCUAAAUGCCUUGAAAUAGAUCUAUACUAAGGUAAAGGUUCCCCUUGCAUGUAUGUGCUAGUCCACAGAUGGGCGGUGCUCAU